GUUUCAAUUUUAUUUUCCUAUCUAUAAAAUGGGAUAAUAUUAAUACCCACACAAGCUAUACCCACACAAGCUAGGGUGCACAUGGUUAUUGGAAGGUUUCCACGAGAUCAUACAUGGAAAAGGGCUUUGUAAAAGGCAAGUUAUGUCCAACUAAGGGACAUUAUCAUUAAAUGGCAGCUGGAAGCUGUAAUUUGGUUCUGCCCUCUCACACCCGCUGCUACUUCAGACAUUCUAAGUUGCUCUUCUAUGGGAUAUCUCUGGCUUGACUGCGGGUUCCGUUCUGAGGAGGUGUGGUCAGUAGGGACCAGAUGUCUUCUUCCUUUACCUCUGGUCACUCUUAGUGAUAUAACCCAGGCCAUACAGUCAGACAGACUUCAGCAAAACUGUCAGCGAGGGCAGCUCCCCGAUUCGGCCCCUUUGACUGUUGUCUCCAGUCCUGAAACCCUCGCCCCGGGCCGCUCCGCCGCCGGGCUCCGGCGCUCAGUCCAUAUUACUCGCGGAAAGGCCGGCGUCUCCGUCCGACCCUCUUUCCUGGUCGCUGGGGGCGGUUUGUGGGCCUGGCCUUGGGAUUAGGAAAAUAGGGAUGGUGCCUAUUUAGGGAUGAGGCCGAAUGCGGGCCUCAGAGAAUCCCGAAAGGGGGAAUGUCUGGAUCGGCGGAUCGGACGUUCAGGCCCAGGAACCGGCCCCCGCAUGGUCGCCGCUCAGGCGCGGGCGCAGCGCUAGCAGCCUCGUUUUCCGCCAGCCGGGCUGCCGGAGAGUUAGACCUCCCAGCCUCACGGGGCUGCUGUGCGGCUGCAGCGACGCCGGCGACUGCGGCGCUGCAGCGGAGACGGAGGGCUCGGGAGGCGGCGCCAUGUGAGUCCGCGCGGGGCCGCGCUGGGGCCGCGGCGAGAGGUUACCGUAUUUACCGAGGCCAGAGCCGGACCCUCGAGGGCGGGUCACUGCGGGCGCGCUACCGUAUUUGCUGGGUCCCGCGCAGGUCCUUUCCGGGAGUGGGAGCGCCGCGACUUAAUUACGGACUGGUGAUUGCAGCUGGAAGUGCCCAUGACCGAGCUGGCGUCCUCCGGGGGCGGGUCCCCUGCGGGGGACGGGGAGGAGGGUCUGGGGGACGAGCGAGGCCUGGUCAUCCACCACCCUGCGGAGGAGCAGCCGUACCGCUGCCUGCUGUGCGGCCAGACCUUCUCGCAGCAGCCCAGCCUGGUGCGGCACCAGAAGGCACACGCCGGGUCGGGCCGCGCGGCUGCCUUCGUGUGCCCCGAGUGCGGCAAGGCCUUCAGCGUCAAGCACAACCUCGAGGUGCACCAGCGCACGCACACCGGGGAGCGGCCCUUUCCCUGCCCCGAGUGCGGCCGCUGCUUCAGUCUCAAGCAGAACCUGCUCACGCACCAGCGUAUCCACAGCGGCGAGAAGCCGCACCAGUGUGCGCAGUGCGGCCGCUGCUUCCGCGAGUCGCGCUUCCUGCUCAACCACCAGCGCACCCACGCGCGCAUGCCCGCGCCCCACCCGCGCCGCCCCGGCGUUUUCGGGGAGCGGCGGCCCUACUUCUGCCCCCGCUGCGGCAAGAGCUUCGCGCGCGAGGGCUCGCUCAAGACCCAUCAGCGCAGCCACGGCCACGGGCCCGAGGGCCAGGCGGCCCACUUAGGACGCGUGCUAUGAUGCGCCCGGGGCCUGCUGCCGACUGCUGCUUCCUGCCCCGCACGUGCGUCCCCGACCCCUGGAGAUGGCCCUGGGCUGCAGCUCCCUCUCUGGAUGGGAUCCCGGGAGAGGGGCAGCGUUGGCUUGGGCUCUUGAAGGUGUGGGCCGCCGCCAGGCUCCGGCCGCCCCCUUGCGUUCCUCCCUCGGGACCGUCUGGCUGGCUGCGCACAGCUGCUUCGGUCUCCUGCCAUGGUUCUCCUUCUCUGGCCCAUCCGGCCUAGAGCAGAAUGUCAGAGUUGAAAGAGACUUGGAGAGGGCCACUUUCCACAAUCCCCACGCCCAACCUCAGCCCCCAGGCCUCCUGGCUCCUGUACACACUCUCUGCUGUCCUUGAGAUGUCAUUUCACUUCAUGUUUCAGUUUGCUCAUCUAUGCAGAGUGGGCAGGAUCCUAUGACCCGGUAGGUGCAGGACCCAUCUGGACAUGGAGACCAGGAAUGGGGUGCCGCGGGGGCCUGGCUGGCACUGCACCUGGGCAUGAGGGCACAUCCAGUAAGAAGACCUGCCUCAAGAGGUGCACUGCGGUGACCAGUGGAGGUGACUGGUUGGAGACUGGAAUUGGUGGCAGAUUCCAAGCUCUGGUGGACAGAUUCCCCAGGCCUGGUGGGAAUCGCAGCUGGGGCAGACCUCAUCCUGGCUGCCUGGUCACAGGCCCCCACUGUCUGCCACUGGUGGUAGGAUGUUGCUUGUGUGGAGAGCUGGCUUCUCUGCUCCCACCUGGUCCACCACUUGGCUAGAGUUCAGAGACAGGAAGUGACUGGUCUAAGCUAACACAGCAAGUUGGUGGCCGACCUGGUUCUAGAGGCAAAACCUUCUGCCAGAUGUGAAUGAAACCUGCAGGCUUCAUUUUCCUUUCUUUUUUUUUUUUUUUUUUUUUUGAGGCAGAGUCUCGCUCUGUGGCCCAGGCUGGAGUGCAGUGGCCGGAUCUCAGCUCACUGCAAGCUCCGCCUCCCGGGUUCACGCCAUUCUCCUGCCUCAGCCUCCCGAGUAGCUGGGACUACAGGCGCCCGCCACCUCGGCCGGCUAGAUUUUUGUAUUUUUUAGUAGAGACGGGGUUUCACCGUGUUAGCCAGGAUGGUCUUGAUCUCCUGACCUCGUGAUCCGCCCGUCUCGGCCUCCCAAAGUGCUGGGAUUACAGGCUUGAGCCACCGCGCCCGGCCCAUUUUCCUUUCUGAGCAGUGCAGACGCGAAGCCCUUGGAAAAUCUGAUGAAGGUUACGGACCUUCCCUAGGAAGACAGGUAACUGACAUAGACUCAAAAACCCCAGGCAAUUUCAGGAGCCACUGGACUCCCUGAAUGAAACCCAUCCCUGGACUCCUCAGCCCUGAGGACUUCACCUGCUGCCCUUUCCUUACCUGUCACACAUUGAGCCCCGAGUCAAGGCCACUGUACAAGUAGUGCCCCUCCCUCCCCCUGGCCAAGCCUCCUUCCCUUGUUCAGGAAUAAAGAAUUCCGAGGAGGAGACCUUUUUAGUCAGUCCCUUCUCCCAGACCUAAAGAAUGAUGCAUCAGGUUUCUGGAACCUCAUUUCCCUUCCCCAGACAUUGGCAGAGGUCCCUUGGGCUAGAUUUUCUCUUCUGGUUUUGUGUUUCUUGUUUUGCCUGACUGGCAGCUGGCUUCCAUAAAGGAGCCCUUUGCUCCUGGCCUGGGCUCUGAUUUCACUGGACUGCUGUGGACGCUGGUGGGAGUUUGAGUUUGGUCUGAGUCUGCCCCAGGGAGAAAGAAUCCUGCUUCCACCAACCAAGCCCAGUCAGCCGGUGCCUCCCAGCUGGCCAAGUGUUCAACCCAGUGGGCUGGGGAGGAAGAGGAUGAGGGCCUCGCUCCUGGUGCCUGUGGCUCUGGGCAGGGGGAGAGGUCGGUGGAGGGGCUUUCUGUGUGUUCUCUGAGUGUGCAGCAGUGCAGUUGAAGGGAACAGGGCCCAGGCUGGCAGCAGGGAGAGGACUCCUCCCAUCUUCACACCUGAACCAGUCAGCCUGGAAGCCACAAGUUCUCACUUGCUUCCCCAGAAUGAACAUCAGAAAAGGCAAAACUGACCAGGGCUGGGAUGGGUUUGGGUCAGGGUGGUUGGAGGGCAGCCUGUGGAUUCCUGCACUGGAGUCUUGCUGUCUUCGAUGCCGUUUGGAUCAUACAUUCUUACAUCCUACUGUAUGCCUCACCCUGGAAUAGCGGAAUGCUCAGGGGGAGAUCCGAGAAUGAGAUGGUGCUCCCAGCCCCAGGAGCUUCCAAUCCGGCUCUGAUCCUUGGCUGACCUAGAGGAAACCUCCACACACACUCCUUCUCUGCUAAUGGUGCCGUUUGUGUCCCCCUCUGCCCAUCACUGUGCUGUGCUCAUUCCUGCCUCUGUGCCUUCCCCUGUAUUGCUCGGACAUGUCCCCUUUCCUCUUCUCUACCCAGCUAAGCCCUUCUGAUCCACGGGGCCCGGCUUCCCAAACAACCCAGCCCACAUUCAUCCUUCCCUCUCCGAACAGGCCCUGUGUGAGCCCCCGCCCCCAAACUGCGUGCUGUCCCACAGAUGCUCCAGUCUCCUGUGUGUUUUGAGUCCGCAACUAGACAGUGAGCUCCCUGAGGGCAGGGGACUGUCAUUUCCUCUUGAGCCCUACCAGGGUCUAGCACCGAACUGGGCUUCUAACUCUCAGGAAACACUUGUCGACUGCCUCAAGCGCCGGAGCUUGUCGGUGGCCGGUAAUGGGCAGUGCACGUGGGGAGAGGUGGGAGCAUCAGGGACCCCUCCCCUCGGCUCUGCAGGAGUGCACAGAAGUGGUCGUCCAGCCUGGAUAUUUCUACAGGUCGCUGACGCCUGCGGGAGCUGCCUGAGUGAAAUAAAUGUUCUCUCGACAUCA